AUGCCCAUAACAGGCAUCGCCCACAUCAACCUGACUGUCCCUUCGGGGACCCUCCCUCUGGCUACUGAAUUCUACAGCGGAACACUCGGCCUCACACCUCGGCCCGUCCCCCACUUGCAGAGGGACAGCCUGGCGUGGUUCGAUAUCGCCGACUCAGGCCAGCAGGUGCACAUCGCGUUCGGGAAACCGUCGGACUUCACCGGCCCGGACUCCAGCCGCCAUCCGUGUUUCAAGCUGAGUGACGGCGAGGCCUUGUUGGAGAUGCGGAGGAAGGUGUAUGAGCAUUUCCAGCGGGGUGGUGAGAGCGCGCCGAAGGCGGCGGAUAAGCCUGGGGAUGUGGAUUCUGGCGCAAAGGGAGUUGAAUAUCCACAGCGGUUCUUCGCGCGCGAUUAUGCGGGGAAUAGGUUGGAGUUCAGCCUGUGA